UGAAUCAUUUUAUUUUCUCGCAAAAUUUUAAUAAUUAAGCAUAACAAAACAAAAUGGGAUGGACCGUGUGAGAGAAGUGUAAUGUGCAGCCAUGAUUUCAAAGAUUCACAAUUUGAAGAUGAAGAGUUAUGGUGUAAGUGUGGAACACUAAAAGACUCAGGCUGGUGCAAUCCUGAAAAUAAUGAGCACCUUCGAGGGGACUGAGUCAGAACGAAAAAGCAGACCUGGCGCUCAAAACCAAGAGGAAAUGAAGGCUUACAACAAGAGAUUCCCAAAGUGUCCAUUGAUCCCAGUGUUUGUAGACAGUGAGAUCAUCAGUGAGAGCACAAGCCAGGAUGGCUCCACACUGGUGAUCGAGAGGCGCUGCAGGAUUGACAUUGAUGCACCUAGACUCCUCAAACGGAUUGCUGGUAUAGACUACCUAUAUUUCAUCCAAAAGAACACACUGAACCGCAGAGAGCGGACUCUCGUCAUUGAGGUCCAGAAUGAAACGUUUUCCAACAGGGUCAUAUCCUGUGAGUGCUGCAGAUACACGGUUCAUCAUGAGAAUGAAGAGUGGACAUGUUUUGAACAGACGGCUAGCCUUGACGUUAAAUCCUUUUUUGGCUUUGAAGGCAUGGCAGAGAAGAUAGCGAUGAAACAGUAUGCUAGUAGCAUAGAAAAGGGUAAAGAAAUUAUUCAGUAUCACCUCACAGAACUGGAAACAGAGGGCAUAACGUACAUACCCCGUUGGGCUCCACCAUCUUCUACCAAAGUCAUCUCUGGAGACUGUGUCAAAAAUGUGCUGCAUGCCUAUGACGAGGACCACCCCACAGAAAUAUUGACCCCCUCUCCUGACGACAAGUUGGAUGCUGAUUACAUCAGACGUUACCUAGGUGAUUUAACGCCUCUGCAGGAAAGCUGUCUUGUUCAGCUGCGGCAGUGGCUCCAGGAGACCCACAAGGGCAAGAUUCCAAAGGAUCAGCAUGUGCUGCGCUUUCUUACAGCCACAGAUUUCAAUUUUGACAAGGCUCGAGAGCUUCUGUGCCAGUCACUCACAUGGAGGAAGCAACACCAAGUGGAUUUCCUAUUAGAGUCAUGGCAGCGUCCUCAACUUCUCCAAGACUACUACACUGGAGGCUGGCACCACAAUGAUAGAGAUGGUCGCCCUCUGUAUAUAUUGCGUUUGGGGCACAUGGACACAAAGGGUUUAAUGCGUGCCUUGACAGAAGAGGUGCUGGUGAGACAGGUUGUUGCAAUCAAUGAAGAGGGACUGAGGCGCUGUGAGGAGAACACGACAGUUUUUGGUCGACCAAUCAGCUGCUGGACUUGCCUGGUGGAUCUGGAGGGUCUUAACAUGCGUCAUCUGUGGAGGCCAGGGCUGAAGGCUCUACUGAGAAUCAUCGAAGUAGUGGAGGCCAACUACCCCGAGACUCUGGGCCGCCUGCUCAUGCUGAAAGCACCCCGAGUAUUUCCCGUGCUCUGGGCCCUGGUCAGCCCUCUGAUCAACGAAAACACUCGUAAGAAGUUCCUUGUCUAUGCUGCAAAUGACUACCAGGGUCCAGGAGGUUUGGUGAACUACAUUGACCAGACGUUUAUCCCUGACUUCUUGGGAGGGGACUGCGUGUGUGACAUCCCUGAGGGAGGUUUAGUCCCCAAGUCUUUGUACAGGGCAGCAGAGGAGCUGGAGAUUGAAGACAGCCGAUUAUUGACCGAUUCCAUAUAUAAAAUUGCCAGUAUUUUCAAGGGAGUUCCAUACGAGAUUUUAAUUGAGAUCAUGGAAGUGUCCUCUGUCAUUACCUGGGACUUUGAUGUGUCUAAAGGGGAUGUGCUCUUCAACAUCUAUCAUUCAAAGAGGGCUCCACAGCCGCCAAAGAAAGACACAAUUGGAGCCCAUGGUUUUACUUCCUUAGGGACUGGCAGUUCGCAGCUUUUAGACAAGAGCUGGGUGCUGGGCCAAGACUACAGCCCGGUGGAGAAAUCCCUCACCUGCAGAGAGGGGGAGAGUGUACAGGGCUCUCACAUCACUCGCUGGCGUGGAUGCUACAUUCUCCAGUGGUGCUUUCACAGCUCCCCGGCUGCCUCGGCCUCCAGCCUGUCUUGUGUGGAUGAUGUGCUGGCCUCUCUGCAAGUCUCCUCCCACAAGUGUAAAAUCAUGUACUGUACUGAGGUGCUGGCUUCCCAAGACAUCAGGGGAUCCAUGACCAGCCUGGAGUCCAGUAAUAGUGGUUUCUCUCAGCUCAGUGUGUCCACUACUCUUUCUAGCCAAUCACACGCCAGCUCAACUGUCUCAAGGUAGCAUCAUCUCGACAGUGAACUCGAACCCACUGACAUCUGGGUAGCAGUGCUCAAGAAUUCUUGGAUUAUUCUUGUAGCUGAAGUUUUGCUGUAGUAUUGAAGAGACAAUGGGCACUUUGGUCAAUCUGUGUUGUGUAUUUAAAAUUGCAUUAAAGUGUAAUCAAUCAAUG